CCGGAUAAACAUCUAAAUACCAACAUGUCUUGGCAAGUGGCGUUAGUUUUAUUGUCAUUGGGUGCUUUAUCAAUCGUUUGUCAUUCUAACUAUACCACCUCUGAUGGUGAAGAAGUUCUCGAAAGCAUGUGGGAAUACUCUGCAGCACAUGGGGAAACUAAUGAAUUAGUUUACCCUAAUGAGAGUGAUGACGAGAUAAGUGAUGAUGUGGACAAACAGAAAGGCGGCAAACCACAUGAACAUGUUAUUCACAUGUAUUUUGCUCUAACUAAUAUGAAUGCCAACAGAGAGCAGCUGUUUCUUCGCUAUGCAAAUUCACUGCUCAGACAUACACAGUCACAUCUUCAAAUACAUGCUGUGGUUGAUGCAGGUGGGAAGCAGGCUGUCAGUAAAAUUAUAAUUGACAGUAAGAGUGAACGAGGACUUGUUGUUGAUGUCCAGUUCUAUGAUGUCAAUGAAAUGGCCAAACAGGUUGAGGCCAUAGUUGACUCUCUCCGGGAACACUUCAGUGCUGGACAACGUUCACAUUAUCAUAACCCAAUUUUCUUCCUUCCAGCUUUGCUUCACCGCCUCCUCCCAGAGUCUGUAAAGAAAGUGAUAGUACUGGACACUGACAUGGAGUUUCGUGCAGACAUCUCAUCUCUUCAUGGUUUGUUUGACAGUUUUUCUGAACACCAUAUUAUGGGCUUGGCAUACGAUCAACAGCCUGUUUAUCGACACAUUUUGCACAUGUACAGAAGAGAGCAUCCUGGUACUCAUGUUGGAGCUCCACCACCUAAUGGUCUAGCAGGAUUCAACAGUGGAUGUGUUUUAAUGGAUUUAGAGAAAAUGAGAGGAUCUGAACUAUACAACAAGGCUUUACAAGGAGAGUAUGUGAAGAGUCUGGCUGACAAAUUUUACUUUCAAGGCCAUUUGGGUGAUCAGGAUUUCUAUUCAUUGCUGAGUAUGGAGCAUGAUGAUAUGUUCUAUAUUCUGCCUUGCACAUGGAAUAGACAAUUGUGUACAUGGUGGAAAGAUCAUGGAUAUGGAGAUGUAUUUGAUGAAUACAACAAAUGUGAAGGAAAGGUAAAUCUUUAUCAUGGCAACUGUAAUACACCUAUACCACAAGAUGAUGAGGUAAUGUAGCUGGCAAGUUGCUGCUGGACAGCACCAUUGCCUCCUUUUAGCUGUCAAGCUGAUGAAAUUUUAUGAAUCAAAGCAAUUUAGCACA